UUAAAAGUGACUCUUUUCUCAAUUAAUUUAUAGAAUCACAGUACUGUAAUUCUCUCUCUCUCUCUCUCUCUCUCUCUCUCUCUGUUACACAAAAUGGACUUUGAAUCUGUGUCUUUGUCUUCCUCAUCAUCUUCUUCUUCGACCCAACUUUCUCCAUACAGUCCAUGCAACCCUACUUACUGUUCUUCUUCUUCUUCUUCAUCUUCAUCACAAGCCUCACUUAAAUCCCACAAGCGAAAAUCCGGAAGAAAGAAAUUCAAAGAGACCCGUCACCCGAUCUAUAGGGGCGUUAGGCAAAGAAACGGUAUAAAAUGGGUUAGUGAAGUUCGUGAACCAAACAAGAAGUCAAGGAUUUGGCUAGGUACUUUCCCUACCCCAGAGAUGGCUGCUAGGGCACACGAUGUAGCUGCCUUGGCACUUCGGGGUACUUUGGCUGAGCUCAAUUUUCCUGACUCCGCUUGGCUUGUUCCACGACCCAACUCAUCUUCUGCUAAGGAUAUACAAAUGUCAGCUCAAAAAGCUGCCGAGGCUUUUAGGCCAAGUGAUAAUAAGAAGGAAGAAAAGGUUUCGGAACCUUGUUUAGUGGACGUGGAAUUCAUGGAAAGCAAAAAGGAAGUUAUAGAGCCUAAAAUAACAUUGGAAAUUUUAUGUGAAAGUAAGGAUAAUCCAGAGCAACCCGGGACGUUUUUCUUGGACGAGGAGGCAUUGUUCAAUAUGCCAGGUCUAUUGGAAAGCAUGGCAGAGGGCUUGAUUCUAACACCACCAGCAAGGCAAAGAGGGUUUGAUUGGGAUGAUUUGGGUUGUGACUUGGAUUUGACUUUAUGGACAGACUAGUUAAUUGUUUAGGUAAACAUUGUGAGAAAACACAGGAAAUGAAGAACUGCAUAUAAAGAAAGCAAUAGUGUAGAUUAAUGAUGAAAGCAAUAAUUAAUUUAUAGUUUAACCCGCUAUGUCGAUUUUAAUUUUUAAUCACUUUCUAGA